AUGGACCGUAGUUGGAUGAGAGCUAAUCGAUUAAGUACUGAGUACAGACAUGGAGUGAUGGAAUUUCUACAGUUUGUUGAAAGUAAUGCUAAACUAGAACGUCCUCCUCCUGAAUUUCCUCCACUUUUUCUAUGUCCGUGUAUUUUUUGUGCAAAUAAAGAACGAAAACGUACUAAGAAAGAAAUCAUGAAUCAUCUAAUUUGUGACGGGAUUUGUCAAAAUUAUACACAAUGGAUAUGGCACGGUGAAGUAGUAGCAACGCCAAGUGUGUCCCAAAGAGAAAGUGGUAGUGUGGAUAUCGAUGAUCGACUGGAAGACAUGAUGCGUGAUAUUGGAGAAGAUUCGUUUAAGAGGGCGCAUGUGUAUGAAACUUUAUGCAGUGACAAGGAUGACCCAUUGUAUCCGGGAUGCACAAAUUUUACCCGUUUGUCUGCGGUGUUAAAAUUGUUUAAUCUGAAAGCAAAAAAUGGGUGGACCGACAAAAGUUUCACUGAAUUGCUUGAAUUGUUGAUACAAAUGCUUCCAGAAGGUAAUGUAAUGCCAAAUCGUUAUUACAAGGCGAAGAAAGUAUUGUGUCCAAUGGGUUUGGAGUAUGAAAAGAUACAUGCACGCCCUAAUGAUUGCAUAUUAUACAGAAAAGAGUUUGUAAACUAUAAUCAUUGUCCAGCAUGUAAGGCGUCUCGCUACAAAAAGAAAGAUGGUGAUUCUAGUGAUGAUGAGGUGACCAAAACGGGUCCUCCCGCGAAAGUGGUAUGGUACCUACCAAUAAUUACAAGGUUCAAGAGAUUGUUUGCUAAUGCAAAUGACGCAAAGAAUCUUAGAUGGCAUGCAGAAGAGAGAAAAUGUGAUGGUCAAAUUCGCCAUGUAGCUGAUUCUUUGCAAUGGAAGAAAAUCGACUCUUUGUUUCCAAAUUUUGGCAAAGAGUCGAGAAACCUUAGUCUUGGACUUGCUACCAGUAAUUUUGUUGUGCGUUAUUAG